AUGGCCGUCGCAGUCCAGUCCUCCCCGGUCAGCCUCGAGAUAAUGUCUGACAACAUCGAUGCUGUGAAUAUCCACAAGACAGGCCUUCAGAAUGCCAAGGAUCUUUACGAUGAAUCCGAGUUCGACAAAUCCAAGGACAAGUCCGGAUUCCGCCAGUUUGACGAUGCUUGUGACCAAGUCAAGAACUUCUAUGCCCAGCAACACACACUCCAGACGGUAGCAUACAACCUGAAAGCACGCAACGACUUCAAAAAUAAGACUCGCGCACACAUGACUGUCUGGGAGGCGAUGGAAAAGCUGAACACCUUUAUCGACGAGUGUGAUCCUGAUACCUCUGAGUCUCAGAUGACCCAUCUUUUGCAAUCCGCCGAAGCAAUCCGUCAAGACGGAAAGCCUCGCUGGAUGCAGUUGGUUGGACUUAUCCACGAUCUUGGAAAACUCCUCUUCUUCUUCGGGGCCAAGGGUCAGUGGGAUGUUGUUGGUGAUACCUUCGCGGUUGGCUGUGCUUUCGACGAUAAGAUUAUCUUCGGUAACAAGUCCUUCAAGAACAAUGAGGACUAUAACAACGAGAUUUACAACACCAAGUUUGGAAUCUAUUCCCAUGGCUGUGGACUGGAUAACGUUAUGCUCUGCUGGGGCCAUGAUGAGUACCUUUACCAUAUCGUUAAGGAUCAGUCCACAAUUCCUGAGGAGGGCCUGGCAAUGAUUCGAUACCACUCGUUCUACCCGUGGCACCGCGAGGGUGCAUACCAUGAGUUGAUGAACGAACAUGACCACAAGAUGCUGGAAGCUGUGAGGGCUUUCAACCCUUAUGAUCUGUACAGCAAGAGCGACGAAGUCCCUAAUGCCGAUAAACUGAAGCCUUACUAUAUGGAGCUCAUUGAUGAGUACUUCCCCACAAAGGUCAUCAGAUGGUAG